UUGGCACAAGUGUCGACAGAGGUCCCCCACCUUCUGUGCUCCGCACCCUCCGCUCCCAAUAUAUGUAUUUCUCAUCUCAUAAACAUUUUAGCUGCUCCAUAUGUAUACGAUCGUAAUAAGAUUUGCCACCACCUACUUUAUUCCGAUUCAGAUUCAUUUUAACGGUGCGCCGUGCGCGCUUCUUGGAAGCUUGGAUCUCCCAUUUACCAGUUCAAUCAAUCGAUUCGCUCGCACUCGUCACGAACUUCUCGCUUUUUUCUUUGUCUCUCUCUCGGUCUGUCCAACUCAGCACCUUCUCUGACAUUUCUAGCAUUUUGAUUUUCUCGCCCCUUCUUAUUCACUCUCUCGUAACUUUCUCCCUGUCCAAACAUGAUCUCUGCUUUCUUAAACACAGCGCUUCCUCUUUCUUCUUCUUCUUUUUUACGCUCCGUGGCAUUAACGAACCACAAUGAUCCAGGGUCUAAGCGGACCAAAUUGAAAUUUAUAAUUACGCAGGACAGAAAAUUUGCAUUUAUGCCUUUCAAAUGCAUUUGGAACUCGGAUUUGGAAUGGAAUGCUAGUUUGAGUCGAAACCGUAGCACCUGCGUGUCAUGCUUGACGGCGACAGAGACUCCGUUAGGUUCCUCUGAGGUAGUCGCCGAUAGGCUCCGCCGUGUGGUGUCGGAGUUCAGGUCAUUGCCGGAGCCAAUCGACCGCGUGAAGCGGCUGUUGCACUACGCGGCGCUACUUCCGCCGAUGGACGAGUCGGCUCGGGUGCCGGAGAACCGCGUUACGGGGUGCGCCACGCAGGUGUGGGUGGAGGCGGAGCUGGACGAGCUCGGGCGCGUGAGAUUCAGGGCCGAUAGCGACUCGGAGAUAUCGAAGGGGUUCUGCUCGUCCUUGAUUCACUUGCUGGACGGCGCGGAGCCCGAGGAGGUGGCGAAGGUGAAGCCCGAGGACCUGGCGGACCUCAACGUGGGCCUGCACGGGAAGGCCCAUUCGAGGGUGAUCACGUGGCACAAUGUGCUGAUUGCUAUGCAGAAGAGGACCGCAGCUUUGGUCGCCGGCUCCAAGGGAGAGCGAAGCUCGCCCUUGGAGCAGCCCUUUCCUUCUUCUUUGGUUGCCACCGCCGAAGCUCAGAUACCACAUUCAAGAUGGCAGAAACUGGAUGCCAAUUUAUCACGAUCCUAGGCGAGUAGGCGUGGAUUCUAUGUCAGAAAAUAUGCUUGGAUUACUGAUCAAGCUGGCUUUGGGAAGGUUGGUGCAUACAGGAUCUCAAUUGAACCUAUUAGCUGCUCUCUAGCAAUAUUACAGCCGAUCCUGCUUAUAUGUACUUUCUCGAGGCAGCUGCAGUUUCAUCUCCUUUCUUUGCUUGUUAUAUAUGCAAACACUUAGAGACAAAAGGAUGUGCUCAAGAACUUGUAUCAACAUUACCUGUACUUCUAAAUUUGUGCAAACAAUUCUUCAGAUUAAACAUAUGAUAUGAUCCUGGUUCGUACAUGGCUGCAAACAUUGCCAAGUAGGUUCAGCAGAUGGCUAUCAUGGAAAAUAAAGAGAUAGCUGAGAUACAUCCAGAGCACUAUUACAAUGGAAGUCUUCUAGGUUCUUUAACGGAGAUGAGCACAACCUUUUGGGGAUCAACACAAAAAGCAUUUGAGUCAGAAAUAUCAAAAGUGAAUUACAUGUCACAGUUUUAUCUAAAAUUGUGUCAAAAGCACGUGUAGUGGCCGGAGCAAGUGUCAGGUGGUGGACGUGGGAGGCAGAGGUGAGCAUGGAUGUUUCAAACUAAGAAAGUGGGUAAACAUAUUCUGAUGCAUGCCUGACAGCUCAUUUUGAAGUUCAAAGGGAGUUGUUUUCCCGGGCAAUUGAAUCAGAAAUAAUAGGGAUGCAAGUUGUGGAUUCUACUCAAAUCAUGUUUGGGUUUCAUCAAGCAAAGGGUUCAAGAGGCUUUGGAUAGUAAUCUUCUUGAUCACCUUCAAUUGUUGUUGGGAACCGAGUCAGGAAUGGGAACUCCAAUUGUGUUGCAGCCCUGCGCAGCUUGUUAAGUCCUUAUAAAUCCUCCUCAAUAACAGCUAAAAUCAGCACCAAAAUUGUCUUUCCAGUCUCAUCAGACUCAUGAUCAAAAACAUCAAGAACUGACCAAGGGAUUAAAAUCAAUUGAAAGGAAAUGGAUGAUCUUUUCGAACUCUCUUAGUCCUGGAUCAUUUAAGAUUUUUGGUUUCACAGUUGUGUCUUGCUUUUGCUGUCAAUGUAAAAUAUUACCAGAUAGGAUUGUCCAUGAGACCCUGCAUUAAUUGUCGGGAAAAAUCAUACUUAGUCAUGUGAUUUCAAUUUUGACAA